UCUCUUUCUUCUGAGAUUACAUAUGAUGGUUCAAGUCUGAUGAUUGAUGGAGAAAGGCAACUUAUAUUAUCUGGUUCCAUUCAUUACCCUCGAAGCACUCCUCAAAUGUGGCCAUCCCUUAUCCAGAAAUCAAAAGAAGGUGGCCUCAAUGCCAUUGAAACUUAUGUAUUUUGGAAUGCUCAUGAGCCUUCUCGUCGUGAGUAUGAUUUUUCAGGAAAUCUUGACCUUGUUAGGUUCAUUAAAACCAUUCAAGAUCAAGGGCUUCAUGCUAUUCUUCGCAUAGGACCAUAUGUUUGUGCUGAGUGGAAUUUUGGAGGUUUUCCCGUUUGGUUGCAUAAUAUGCCAAACAUUACUCUUAGAACAAAUAAUGAAGUUUUUAAGAAUGAGAUGCAAAAUUUCACAACCUUAAUAGUGAAUAUGAUGAAGGAUGAGAAGCUAUUUGCUUCACAAGGAGGACCUAUAAUUCUUGCUCAGAUUGAAAAUGAAUAUGGAAAUAUAAUGUGGGAAUAUGGAGAAGAUGGAAAGGCUUAUGUAAAUUGGUGUGCUGAAUUGGCUCAAAGUUAUAACAUUGGUGUUCCUUGGAUCAUGUGUCAACAGGAUGAUGCUCCAGAGCCAAUGAUUAACACAUGUAAUGGCUUUUACUGUGAUCAAUUCUCCCCCAACAGAAAAAAUAGCCCUAAAAUAUGGACUGAGAACUGGAGUGGCUGGUUUAAGGGCUGGGGUGACUCUUAUCCACACAGGCCUGCUGAAGAUCUUGCUUUCGCUGUUGGUCGUUUCUUCCAAUAUGGCGGCAGUUUGAUGAAUUAUUAUAUGUAUCAUGGAGGCACCAAUUUUGGCCAUACAUCUGGGGGUCCAUACAUCACAACUUCAUAUGACUAUGAUGCUCCCCUUGAUGAAUAUGGAAAUUUGAAUCAACCCAAAUGGGGACAUCUUAAAGAACUUCAUGAAGUCCUAAUAUCAGUGCAGAAGGCUCUUCUGAAUGGUGAGAGAAGAGAUAUUGAUUAUGGAAAUAUGAUGUCGGCCACUGUUUACAGUUAUCAAGGAAAAUCAGUUUGCUUUCUGGGAAAUGCAAAUUCAUCAAAUGCAUUUACUGUUGAAUUUGAGAACACAAAUUACACGGUUCCUGCGUGGUCUGUUACCAUUCUUCCUGAUUGCUUCACAGAAGCCUACAACACUGCUAAGGUCAAUAGCCAAACCUCCAUAAUGGUCAAGAAACCUAAUGCAGCUGAUGAUGCUGAGGAACCCUCCAAUUUGAAAUGGGAUUGGAAAAAUGAGGAUUUUGAGGAAAUUAAGUAUGGCACUGUUGUUGAUAGUGAUUUGACUACAAGCGAACUGUUGGAUCAAAAGGCUGUAACAAAUGAUACCAGUGACUACUUGUGGUAUAUGACUAGUAUUGUUGUUGAUGAGAAAGAUGCUUUUGUCGGCAAGAACGUUACUCUGCAAGUUAAUACCAGUGGACAUAUCCUUCAUGCCUUUUUCAACUCAAAGCACAUUGGAUCAAAAUUGGCUCAAAAUGGUCACUAUGACUUUGUUUUUGAACAAGAUGUUCAAUUGACUCUUGGGACUAAUCAACUCAGUCUGCUUAGUGCUACUGUGGGAUUGCCGAACUACGGUGCCAACUUUGAUAAAAGAGCAGAUGGAAUUCUUGGUCCUGUUAAGUUGAUUGAUCAUAGCACUAACAACACCAAAGACAUAUCUUCAAAUGAAUGGAUAUAUAAGGUUGGUUUGCAAGGUCAAAAAUUAGAAUCCUACAAUCCUCAAAAGCUAAACGAAGCUGAAUGGAGUUCUGAAGGACUGCCAACGAAUAAGAUGUUUGUUUGGUACAAGACUACAUUUAAAUCCCCUCUCGGCGAGGAGCCUGUAGUGGUGAACUUGCUUGGCUUAGGCAAGGGAGAAGCUUGGGUGAAUGGCAAAAGCAUCGGGCGGUAUUGGCCUAGCUAUAUUUCUGGUAAAGAUGGAUGUCCCUCAGUUUGCUAUUACAACCAGACUUAUAAAGCUGAGAACUGCAGAACGAACUGUGGAGAACCCUCUAUGCGAUGGUACCAUAUUCCGCGAGAGUUUCUCAACAAUGAAGAGAAUGUCCUGGUUUUGUUUGAGGAAAUUGGAGGCACUCCUAGUCUUGUGAACAUCGGAACCAUAACUGUAGGGAAAGUUUGUGCGAAUGCUUUUGAGGGAAGCACCCUGAAACUAUCAUGCCAGGGAGGAAAAGUUUUUUCCGAAAUUAAAUUUGCUAGCUUUGGUGAAACUGAGGGUACUUGUGGAUCAUUUAGGAAAGGCAGAUGUGAAUCAGCCAACUCUUUAUCAGUGAUUGAACAGGCAUGUCUUGGCAAAGAGAGUUGUUCCAUUCCAGUGACAGAAGCAUUUUUGGGGCCAACCGGUUGCCAUUCUGAGAUAUAUCGAUUAGCUGUUGAAGCUGUUUGUUAG